AACGCACCUCCGCGUCUCUACAGGAUGCUACCGAAGUUGCAGCGGAUGGCCAGCUUCGUGUUUCUGCAGCAUCACAUCUUCUCGCUCGGGCUGGUGGUGGCCGGCUCCUACGUGACGCUGCGCGGUCCGGCACUGCGCGAAAACAUUGUGCUCAGCGAGUAUCCCAUCUCGGUCGUGCUCGAGUACUUUAUUUUCUGCCAGCUGGUCGAGAAGCUGCAGGAUAUGGUAAGUAACAUGGGGGGGGGGCAAACGGGAUGAAGAAAGUGUCG